AUGAUAAAGUUUUGUGCAAUUCUUCUUUUUAUUGUGAAACAUAGUCUUACAGCACCAUACAUAUUAUCAAACGGUUGUGGAUACGAUUCAUGUAACUUGGGUAAAUCUGAUAAACUUAAUGUUCAUAUUGUCGCUCAUACACACGACGAUGUUGGUUGGUUAAAAACAGUCGAUCAAUAUUAUUAUGGAUCGCGUGGAGAAAUUACUCGAAAAGGUGUUCAAUAUAUUCUCGAUUCAGUUGUGCAGGCAUUAGUGGAUAAUUCCGAUCGUCGAUUUAUCUAUGUUGAAAUGGCUUUCUUUCGGCGUUGGUGGAAUCAACAAUCAGACGAUGUGCGUGAAAAAGUCAAGCAAUUAGUCAAUGAAGGUCGUUUGGAGUUUAUUUCGGGCGGUUGGUCAAUGAUUGAUGAAGCAACAACACAUUACAAUUCGAUUAUUGAUCAACAUAGUUUAGGAGCAGAAUUCUUGCAUGAUACAUUUGGUGCAUGUGCACGACCAAAAAUUGGCUGGCAAAUCGACCCAUUUGGUCAUUCACGAGAAGUUGCUUCACUCUUUGCACAGGAUGAUAAAAGUUUACAUGACUACAAUGUACCUGAACGUGUUGAAACAUUCAUCGGAGCGGCAUUAGCUCAAGCUGAAGUCUACGCCACCAACCAUAUCAUCAUGACAAUGGGUGGUGAUUUUUUUGAUCAGAAUGCUCACGAAGACUUCAAAAAUUUAGACAAACUAAUUCAUUAUGUUAAUCUUCAGCAAGAGAAUGGUAGUGACAUUAAUGUCUUUUAUUCAACACCAUCAUGCUAUUUAUAUGCCUUGAAUAAAGCAGAUAAAAGAUGGUCAACAAAAACUGAUGAUUUCUUUCCCUAUGCCAGUACUCCGUCUGUAUACUGGACAGGUUAUUAUACUUCAAGGCCAGCAUUAAAACGUUAUGAACGUUAUGCCAAUAAUAUUCUUCAAGUAACUCGUCAACUAAAUGGAUUUUCACAAUCAAAUCUACGGAACCUCACUUUCGAUUUGAGUGAAGCAAUGGGACUUGUUCAACAUCACGAUGCAGUUAGUGGAACAUCAAAGCAACAUGUAGCUAAUGAUUAUGCUCAACGACUCUCCAAUGGUAUCGAUCGAGCAAUAGAAGUGAUCAAUGAUGCCUAUGGAAAAUUAUUGCCUAAAGAAAAUCGAACGACACCAAUACCUAACCAAUUUCUCUGUCAUUAUUCGAAUAUUAGUGCAUGUCUUCCAAUUGAAGAACAAAAACUAUUCACAUUGACACUUUGGAAUCCAACUAUUCAUCCAGUAACAAUUUAUUAUCGUGUACCAGUGACUAGACAAUAUUUAAUUUAUGAUCCAAUAGGAAAUCUUAUUUCAGCAGAGUAUCUUAUGAUUCCAGACGCAACGAAAAACAUUCCUGGUCGAAUGAGUUCUGCUCAAAAUCAAUAUCUAUUCUCAGCAUCAUUGCCAGCACUUGGUUACAGUACCUACUAUUUUGAAGAAAAAGUUGAUACGAAGAAGAUCGAACACAAGAAAGUGAUAACAACGACAAAUGAAGCAUGUAUUCUACAGAACGAAUUUUUACGUGUGGAAUUUAAUAAUCAAGGCUAUUUGAAGCAUAUUAUCAAUUUAGAAAAGAAUUCGAAAGUAUCCUUUACUGAACAGGGUUUCUACUGGUAUGCUAGCUAUUCUCAUGUUAAUACUACUCCAUUUUCACCAGCAUCAGGUGCUUACAUAUUUCGACCGUUAUUUCCAGAGGCAUUACCAGUGAGUGUUGCGCGUCGCAUAAACUGUACGAAAACAGAUACCGUACAAAGCGCCUUGAUUAUUUUCAACGAAUGGACUAGUCAGGAAUUCAAUCUCUAUCGUAAUGCAUCAGCAAUUGAAAUUGAAUGGAUAGUUGGACCGAUUCCAAUAGAUGAUAAUAUUGGUAAAGAGAUUAUAAUUCGUUACAAUACUGAUAUUAACAGUCUCAAAAAAUAUUAUACUGAUAGUAAUGGACGUCAAGUUCUUGAACGUAUUCGUGAUUAUCGACCAACGUGGCAUUAUAUACCUGAUGAUCCCAUUAGUAGCAAUUAUUAUCCAAUUAAUAGUCGUAUUUGGAUUGGAGAUCAAGACCGACAAUUAACUAUUCUUACCGAUCGAUCCCAAGGUGGAGGAAGUAUCUAUGAUGGAUCAAUUGAAAUCAUGGUUCAUCGCCGAAUACUACACGAUGAUAAAAUGGGUGUUAAAGAAGCUUUAAAUGAAACUGCUUAUGAUAAAGGUCUUGUUGUUUCUGGCAAGCAUAUUCUUCUUUUUGAUCGACCGUCAGAUAGUGCUCGAUUACAUCGAACCGGUGCGCAACAAUUGUUUAUGCAUCCUCUGGCAACUUAUUCCUUACCAAAUACAUCGUCUUAUACGAAUUAUUCGGAUAUGUUUCGUCAAAGUUGGUCAGCUCUAUCGGAUGCAAUGCCAUUAAAUGUACACUUACUAACAUUCGAUCAAUUAGCUUUCAAACAAUAUCUGGUGCGUGUCGAACAUUAUUUUGAAUUGAAUGAAGAUGCAUUAUAUUCAAAACCGGUAACAAUCGAUCUUCAAAUAUUGUUCAAAAGUAUCGGUACGAUAAAUGAGAUUAAUGAAUUAAUAUUAACUGCUAAUUUACCAUUGUCCGAAUUGCAUCGACUCGACUGGAUGAUAAAAGACGAAAAAUCGUCACAUAUUGGUUUGUUUCAGCAAUACUCUUCGAAUCUGACAAUAAUCAUACUCAAUCCAAUGCAAAUUCGAACAUUUCAAAUAAUCAUUGAUUAG